AUGGGCGACAAGUCAAAAGUCUUCACCAAACAAGAAGUAGCUAGUCACAAUGACUCCUCAUCGGCUUAUAUCAUACUAGAAGACAAGAUUUAUGACGUGACAAAAUUUCUUUCGGAACAUCCAGGUGGUGAACAGGCUUUGUUAGAUUUGGCUGGACAGGACGCCACAAGCAGCUUUCACGACGUUGGACAUUCGUCCGACGCUUGGAAGAUGGCUGAAGAAUAUGUUGUCGGUCAGCUCAAGACGUCAGAGGAAGAGGGUGUAAAGGAGAAAACAAGAAGUCCUGAAUGUUGCCUUGGACAAUGUUUUCUCGGGCAGUGGCGGGAGAUAGUAAUUAGUCCAACGUGGAGCAAUUUUUUGAUCCCACUGGGCAUAUCGCUUCUUGUCUACUUUAGCUAUAAGGGAGUAAAAGAACUAUUUUGA